AUGCAAGAAUUAGGCGAAAAAUAUAUUCGAUUAUUAGACUAUGAGCCAAGUAACAAGACCAUAGAAGUUUCAGAAUUUACACAAUUGAAAUUCCAAUACUUCUUGCUAAAUUUUCAAUUAUCAUUAAAAGAGGGUGAUUUGGAAACUUCCAAAAUUUAUGAAUCAAAGCUAAACCUUGACGAAAAUGGAAAUCUCAUGGAUGCUAACUCGAUUAUAGAAGUCUCCAGGAUAAUAUAUAACACAAUGAUCCUUUUGAGCGGAAGGGAGAAGUCAGCUGAUGGAAAUAAGAAAUUAAAGAAGGAAAUUGUACAUUUUUUAAAGAAAGUUCAUGCUUACUUAGAUUUACCUGUUAACGAAUUGAGGAGUCAUGUAGAUUAUGGUAACUUAAGGUAUUCCAUCCUGUUAUUUUUGACAAACUGCUUAAUCGAUGAAUCUGAUGACGUAUUGGCUUAUCAAAAUGACAUUUCAAGAUAUCUCGAACUAUUGCAAAAUGAAUAUCCAACUAAGAUUGAAUCCUUUAUCUUAUCCAUUAACUUUUGUAAAAAAAAAGAAACUACACACAAUGCAGAAUUAAUUGAAGAGAUAUUAAUGCGAAUGAUUAUGUCAGUUAAUAUAAUAGAAAAUUUUGACACAAUUCUAGGCUGCAUUAAAGAAUUUGCAGAAAUGAAUACGAAAUUGGCGAUUAUCUGUCUAGAUUAUAUAUUUUCCAAUAAACUAGAUCCACACUCUGACCAGAAAUAUUUAGAGAAGAUUUUAGUAUUAAGGUUCUUUCUGACUACCCAAUCAAAGAUAUUGAGUAGCACCGAAAUGGCAACCAGUCUUGAAGAAUUUUGUGAUCAAAUAGAGAGGAUUCUCGUUUCAUCAAUGUCCAAACAUACUAUUUCGAGCAUUGUUACACUGUUAUGGAAUACAGGGAAACAGUUGGAGAAGCAAUAUGAUUAUUCGAAAGCCGCCAAAUUUUAUGAAUUAUCCUUAAAAAAUGUUAUAAGCCAAGGGUAUCAUGAUAAAGCUAAGAUUCAGAGAGCUCUACAAAACUCAUACCUUAAUCUUCAAGAUCUUCCAACUGUCGAGAGAAUAUUCAACGAAAUGACUAGUUCGGACCAAGAUGAUCCCUUAACACAACUGUUGAUGCUUCGGGUAUCACUUUUUAAAGAUGACACUGUUAACGCAUUGAAAUAUUUGCGAAAUAUCCAAAAAGCAGAAACUAAAAUAUCUGUAGAUAUUCUUAUCCUUGGUGUCGCCGAAUGCAAACGGUCCACAGAGUUAGCCAUUGAUGGGUUACAGCUUCUUUUUGAAAAGUUAAAGACUGUACACGAAAAUACUUCAUGGCCUGUCCCAACGCUUUGUCUCUUACGAUAUACAUUGCAAAUGGUUUUCAAGAUGGUAGAAGACGAAGGUCUUCCCAAAUUCAAGGAAUAUAUCUCGAUCAUAACGAAAUUACUAGAAAAGGCCCACGAAUAUCUUCAAAGAAUAAAAAUUCUUAAUAAGUUAAACAUGCAUUCUGAUUCUAAACUAGCUUAUGAAGAAAGUGUAUCUGUUGAUGAAAUUGAAUGGUUUUGCUCAAUGUCAUAUAACAGUUGUGUAAAGAGUAUGCAGGAAGGAAUCAAGGUAAAUAUUACAACGUUAUCGGCAUUGACAGUAAAAUUUAUUGAUUUGAUUCCUAUCCAUGAAUUUACUUUCCCCAAAAUGUCAUAUUACAAAUAUUGGAAAUACAGAUGUCAUAUAUUGGAUAUUCUUGUUCAACGACAGAAUAUUUUAAACGAUGAUGGAAGUUCUCUUGAAAAUAUGCAACAAGAAAUAUCUGAAUUGCUAGAAAACAUUUCUAAUGAACAAAGAAGUUCCGAUUUUAAAGCUUGUGCUACGAAAGAAGAUAUUGAUAAAUUCAAUGUGUGUUUUGUAGACUUACUCCAACUCGAGUAUGAAAUUGCUUUGGAAUUAAGAGAUAGGGAUAAGAUUUUGACAAUAUUAGAGAAGACAGAACAAUAUCAAAACGGAGAAAUGGAGCGUUUGUUGAUCGAUAUCGCCCUAAAUAAACAGGAAUUUUCCAAUAUGUUACUGACAGAGAUCAUCCAAAUUGUUUUAAGAAGAAAUGUCAGUAGCUCAAUAAUUGACGACUAUACCAUUUGUAUCUGGUCGAGGACGCUCUUGGAAAAAUCAGAUACUAUUGAAAUAAUACCGCCCGCGGAGAUGUUUAAAGUAUUAAGCAAGAGAUUUUUGAUGAGCAAUUUGUCGUUUGAUACAUCUCCAGAGAUAAAGAAAGAGAUUGAGGCAAUUUCCACAUCUUGUUGGAACACUGGGGUAAACUUCUUGAUUAAAGAGGACAAGGAGAAUGGCGUACAAUGGUGUGGCUUGUCGAUUACGUAUGCCAAACUGGUAAAUGAGGGAUUGAGUGAGCAGUUAUCUGGGUUGUGGGUAUCAUUGGCAGAAUCUGCAGACAUAGACCCGGAAAGUAUUCAUUAA